GUCCGUCAUUUGUUGACGCAAAACAUAAUGGCGGCUCAGUGAAACGCACAGGCUUCGCAACCGACUUGAUUUUGAUAUUUAAAGAUGGCGGGCGACUCCUCUGAUAAGAAGGACCUGGACGCCGCAGGGAAGGAGCGGGAGGCUCGUAAGCGCAGUCGCUCUCGCUCCAGGGACCGUGAUCGGAAAGGAUCUCCGGGCAGAGAACGCAAACGGAACCGAUCCCGUGAACGCAAGCGCUCCCGCAGCAGAUCCAAAUCUCCUGACCGAGAUCGGCGUCAAAAAGAAAGAGACAGAGACAGGGGCCGCAAAGACAGAGAAAGAGACAGGGACAGACGGGACAAAGACCGGUCCAAGAAAUCAAGUCAUUUUCUGGUUUCUAAAGGUCUAGUUUAUUGGAGAGAGAAGGCCAUCGCUGUGCUGUCAGUGUGGAGUUAA